AUGCCAGUUCAACUUAAUGACAAGAUUUCUUAUGGUACCAUGUCCCUUACUUGGAAACCAGAACCCAUGAAUCCCGAUGAUGCCGCAGAUAUGAUCCACUAUGUGGUUUCCAAGUAUGGAGUCAAAUUUCUCAACGGAGGAGAGUUCUAUGGUCCAGAUAACGCCAAUUUGAAGGCUUUUCAAAGAUACUUUGAAAAAUACAACUCGCCAAAGAACAAAGAAUUGGUGGUCUCGAUCAAAGGAGGCUCUGAUUUGAAAUCACUUAGACCUGAUGGAACUAAGGAAUCAAUUGACAGAUCCGUGAAGAAUGUGCUUGCACACUUCCCAUUAGAAAACAGACCCAAGAUUUUGUUUGAAACUGCUAGAGUUGACAAAAAUGUUCCUAUCGAGACCACAUUGUCCUAUAUCAAUGAGUACGUCCAGCAGGGCUUGUUAUCGGGUAUUUCGCUCUCUGAAACCAGCGGAAAUACUGUAUUGAAGGCAUUGAAGGUGGCAAACAUUUCCUGCGUCGAAUUGGAAUUGUCCUUCUUUACCAGAGACAUUGUUGAGGACGGUGUGCUCAAGGUGUGUUCCGAGAACAACAUUCCUAUCAUUGCAUACUCUCCCGUUGGCCGUGGUAUGUUGACAGACUACGCGGUAGAGCACGCCGAUGAACUUUACGAAACUACCAGGAAGGAUUUAAGAUCAUGGAUGGAAAGAUUUAGCGAAGAAAAUUACAAGGCAAACAUUGCUGCCUGCAAAAAGUUGUACGAUUUUGCUCAUGAUGUGAAAAAGACCUCUUUGGAAGCAUUGGCAUUGUCGUGGAUCUUGAAGGUUUCAGAAGCAAAGAACUUGUGGGGAAUUGAAAAGGUUUGUAAAAUCAUCCCAAUUCCUUCGGGCUCGACUAAAGAGAAGGCUGAUAUGAACUUUGGUCACCUUGUGGAACUCACCGAUGCCGAAUUCGAGCAGCUUGAAAAGAUUUACCAGAAUACUACGUUGCAAGGUAGCCGUGCCAACGCCCACAUGAUCCAGAAUAUGUUGGUUUGA